AUGACCAUGACCAUGACCAUGACCAUGACCAUGGCCGUCUACGUAGACUGCGUGCUUGCUCCUGUCUCGUGCGAACAACGUUGCAUCUGCGGUCGAGGUGGCCAGCCGUUGGGCCCCACUCUGCCCAUUUGGGCGCCUCUUAUCUCUGGCCAAUCACGGCCCGCGCAUAUGCACAGCAUCCCUGGCCACAUCGACUCGACCAUCUCCGAGGGGCGGAACGCCCGCGCAUUGACGGCUGCUGAAUACGAGCAAAUACCUGUGUACAUCUGCCAUGGCUGUCCUCAGAACCCGCAUCUUGCAUCACCCAUCAUCACCCAUCGAGAGAUGCUAGCCACGACCAGGCAGGUGUGCCGCGAGAGGCGCUGCUGGGAGAGGGAGAGCCCGCUGAGAUGCGGCGAGUCUGCAACAACUGGCGGGGCAAUAGCCACUACUCCCUCCAUGCCAUGCCAUGCCAUGCAUGCAGCCACCAGCCACGCCUCAGAAAUAGCCGUCGCCAGGCGCGCCCGUCCUCAUUACCCAGUAUAUUGCGGCCGAACUUCACGAUGUUCCAAGACGAGCUGCAAGUGUGUGUUCCUCUCUAGACAGGGCCCGCCGCGCUGCUUGCUCUUGGAACAUGCCGUCGGUGAGGGUCAGAGGUCCACAGCCAGCUUCACGAUCCGCCUCAACUUCGGAGCAUUCUUGUUUGCAUGGUACUACUAUAGCUGUCCUACUGGCCUGGCCGUGCUACUACUGUUGGACAUCUGCCAUGACCCAGAGGACAUGUGGAUAGUGGUAGUACAUUUUGACGUCUUCCGCAAUCCAUCAUCCCUGGAUCUCAGUCGCAUUGACAUUGACAUCGGCUCCGGCACUGCCACUGCCACUGCCACUGCCACUGCCACUGCCACUGACAGCUGCCUGUGUCCCUCGUAUGGAUCUGGCGAUUCUGCUCUCCCUGCGCUCCCCUGCUUCCACGCACUGCGGCUGGAUAGGACAAGACGAGACAUGCACCAAGUCCGUGCAUCUUCCUCUAGUUAG